AUGAGUGGCCAGGCGGAGAUAAUCGACAAGGUCCUAAAAGAUUUCCAAGAUUGUGGUGGGCUUGCCCCGAGUGGAAGCACCAACAUCGAAGACCUUCUUGCAGUGAGCGGCCUCUCACUGCUACCCCCGAAUGUCGAUGAAACGUCCGGUUCCCAAAAGUCUGCAGAGAAGCAACGUCCUACAGAGAAGCAAGAUGCAGUGAGCGGCCUCUCACUGCUACCCCCGAAUGUCGAUGAAACGUCCGGUUCCCAAAAGUCUGCAGAGAAGCAACGUCCUACAGAGAAUCAAGGACACCUGCGGGCGAAAUUUUCUGACACUGAGAAUAAAUCAUGGACAUACUAA